GCUUUAGCAAACAACAUUAAUUGCUAAUUUACAAACAAUUACAGCCGACGGAAAAUACAUCUAUGGGAAAGUAAAGAGUAAAACUGAAGCAGUUGUGAGAGAGCAAUCAAUUGUAAAACCAGUUCUUCGACAUGGCACUAACAAAAGUAACGCAUUUAAAAAAAUUGUUAGCAUUACGUGAGCGAGGGAAAGAGUGGAGAAGUUUUUCUAGUAAAAUAAUUUACUCCAAAGUAAGCAAUGUGGAAGUUCCAAAAUUGUCAAUCAACGAUUACGUUUGGAAAGACUUGGAUAAGUGGAGUGACAAAAUUGCUAUGGAAUGCGCUGAAACGGGGCGUAGUUAUUCGUACGCAGACGUCUACAAAAAAUCCAACAAGGUAGCAAACUUUUUGGCAAAUUUUCCUGGGCUAAGCGAAGGUGAUGUAAUUGCAACAAUGCUUCCCAAUGUACCCGAAUACGCAAUCAUUUUUCUUGGAGCAGUACAAGCAGGUUACAAAAUAACAAGCUUGAAUCCGGUAUACACGAGAGAUGAACUACUUCACUGCAUCGGAAUAUCAAAACCAAAGUUAAUUUUUACUUUAACGGAUUUAUGGUCACACAUUUACCGUGUAACGGAGAGGUCCAAAGUACCUAUUGUUGUUAUGAAUCAUACAGAGGAAGUAAUGGAUAUACCAGCAGGUGCUAUUAAAUUGAGCGAAGUUUUUGAAAACACUAGCCCCUCUCAAAACCGAACACGAGAUUGGAAUGAUGUAAUUUAUCUACCCUACUCAAGUGGCACUACAGGCUUAUUUAAGUGCAUAGAAUUAACCAAUGCAAACAUUGUUUCAAGUGUACAUCACAAUACCGUACCAGAAUUUAAGAUGACAGCACCUACAGAUGCUAUGAAUCAAGAUAUGUAUCCUGCUAUACUACCAAUAUCUCACAUUUCUGGAACUCUGCCAAUGUUUUGUAAUAUGUCCUGGGGUUGCAAAGCAAUUACAUUUUCAAAGGUUACAACACAAUUAUUCUUAAAAGCCCUGCAAAAUACGAGCUUUACACAUUGCUAUCUAGUGCCGUCUUUGAUACAAAUGCUGGCAAGCCAACCAUGUAUAAAACCCGAACACUUAGCAAGAAUGAGGUCCAUACAAGUAGGUGGCGCUCCAUUGGACGUUAGACACGUGCAAACCUUAACCGAAAAACUUAACGGCAAGAUGUGCAUAUAUCAGGUAUAUGGUUUAUCGGAAGGAACAGGCGGAACACAUUUCCAGACACCACAUAUUCCAGGUGGCGUGAAAAUUGGAAGUUGUGGUCUUAGCGGCCCAAAUACCGAAUUUAGAAUUCAGAACGCUGACGGUGAAAUGCUCGGAAGUAACGAAAGUGGUACGAUUUAUCUGCGUGGUUUGCAGAUCUUUAAAGGUUAUCUCAAUGAUGCGGAAGCUACACAAUCCACGCUGGAUUCCGAGGGCUGGUUAAAUACAGGUGAUGUAGGUCACUACGACGAAGAUGGCCAUUUAUUCGUAACCAGCCGAUUGAAAGAACUGAUUAAGGUAAAAGGUUUUCAAGUUGCACCGGCCGAGAUUGAGGCCAUUUUGCGUAGUCAUCCCGAUGUUAGUGAUGCAUUAGUGGUGGGAAUACCACACCAACGCUUUGGAGAGGUUCCAAAAGCUUUCAUUGUAACUAAGUCGCCAAGUUCAGUCAAUCUAAAGAAUAUAGAAGAGUUCGUUGCGAGUAAAGUUGCGAGGCAUAAGCACUUACUAGGUGGGAUUGUCGUAACUGAAAAUAUACCUAGAACAGCGCUUGGUAAACUUUUGCGAAGGAAAGGUACAGAAUGACGAAGAACUGACCAGACCUGGUCACAGUAGUUCCAGAAAAUAAAGUAAUUGCUAAAAGUCUAAACUGAA